AUCUAGCUAUCGUCAUUAUCCUUCUCUCUUUCUCUCUCUAACAAAAAUAAUAUCAAUUUUUCUCUCUCCUCUGAAAAUCAAACAAAUUUUUAGGGUAAAAUUCAGGUAAAUUUGUUCAAUUGUUUUGAACAAAAUCAUGGAAGAAAAUCAGAAUCUAAUUGAAAAUGAAGAAUUAUCGGAAAUUUCUGAUAAAUUGGACAAAACCUUAACCCUAGAAUCGUCAUCAACGCGUCAAUCUGAUGACGAUGAAGAAGAGGAAGAAGAUGAAAAUGGCGACGAAAAUGAGGAAUUUGAGUUUUGUUUUCUUGGAGGUUUAAAAUCGCCGGUUUCAGCGGAAGAAGUGUUCGAAGACGGUCAGAUUCGGGUAAUUUCACCGUUUCCCGGCGAAUAUUCCGGCGAAGGAGAGACGUCAUCGUCGUCGACGUACGGCCGGACGGUGAAGAAUGUGUUCGUGGUAUCAAACUCGCCGGAAAAUGAUGAUGUGGCGGAAGAAGGAUCGUACUGCGUGUGGAAAGCGCCGUCGCCGGAGAUGAGUCAGAAGAGCAAUUCGACGGGGUUCUCGAAGCUUCGGAAGAUGAGAGAUUUGCUAGCAAGGAGUAAUAGUGACGGAAAAGACGCAUUCGUGUUCCUAAACGGAAAAACAGACGCUUCGGGUUCAGGCGAAGCGAAAAGGAAGGAGAAGGAGAAGAAGAAGAAGGAGUUGAAGAUUGAAGUGGCGGAUAAAAAGGGUGGUGGUGAAACGACGGCGUUUGGAGGAGAGAGAAAAGAAGGAAAGAAGAAGAAGGAGAAGUCGGCGUAUGAAGCGUUGUAUUUGGGUGGAGGGAAAGACAAAAAGAAAGGCGGUGGGAAAUCGUAUUUGCCAUAUAGACAAGAUUUGGUCGGCUUUUUUACGAAUGGUAGUGUUUUGAGUAGAAAUGUUCAUCCAUAUUAAUACUUUAUAAUAUCAUUAAUUAGUUUUUUAACAAUAUAAUUUGUUUAUUUUGUUUUGUAAAUUGAAGAAAAAAAAAAUGUGAGUUGGGAGUUGAUAAUUGUAUGACUAAUGGCUUGCAUUUUUGUUGAUAUUAUUGUGUUAGGGAAGAUGUAAUGCUAAAUGCCUUAAUUUGUAUUUUUCAUUUUUUUUUUCUUUUUUGAGGGGUGGUGGUUUAGUGAUUCAUUUUGAUAUCUUGAGAUUUAUAUCCAUGUACGAGUAAUAAUAUCAUGUGAUUAUGGGCAAGUAUACUUAAAUAAACUAUAAGGCCCUUUUUUAUCUC